UAUACCAUCAAGCACCGGUAUCAGCCUCAUAGACAAUAACCCAACUCAAUCAUUACACCCAAUCCCGACGAAAAUAUCAUCUCAAAAUGCCCCUCUGGCAAAUCUACCACCCACCAACCACAUUCACCUACCCAUCAUCCAAGCACUCCUUCGCUCAAGACAUCACCAAAUUCUACACCGAUCUCGGCCUUCCCGCCUUUUACGUGGUCGUCAACUUCAUCGCGACACAACCCGACGAUGUCUACGUCGGAGGCACAUCCAAACACCCCACCGACGAUAAACCAUUCGUCCGGAUAGUCAUUACGCAUAUUGCGCUACAUGUGCCGGAUUCUGACGCUGCAUAUGCACGCACAACAAGUCGGCUGGAUAGCGUCAUGAAGCCACAUCUUCUGGAUAAAGGGUACGAUUUCGAGUAUCAUGUUGAUGAGACGGAUAGACGGCUGUGGAAGAUUAAUGCGUUGGUGCCGCCGCCAUUUGGGAGUGAGGGGGAGAGGGUGUGGGUGAAGGAGAAUAGGGCGGUGGAGUAUGAGGGGGGUUCUUCUUCGCUCUGAUUUAUUCAUUCUCUUUCGGUUCGAAGGAGGGGAGAUGUGGUUGGGUUUGGGUUGAGGUUAUGCGAUGGUAGGGUUGACUGGGGAGAAUGGAAGCUAUGUAGGUGCAUUAAGAC